AUGGGCUCCUGCUUGUCAAAAAACAACGCCGCUUUCGACAAAGAACAUAAACCCGCUACUAUGUCGUCUCCCGCUCGCCAGGUCCUCGACUUGCUAUCGGCAUCCUUGUCGACGUUGGAGAAAACAUGCAAGGAGAAAGGAUUGAAAGUGCCCGACUUGCACGCUCCAUUCCACCCCGAAACUGAAGCCUUCCGUGGUGACCCCACCAUUGCUGAAGCUGCGAACGUCAUUAGCGCCGCUGCUUUGCAGCUGGCGGCGAUCUUCACCCCACCGCAGGUUUCGUUGUACCAUAUCGUUGGAGGGCACUUCAAAUCCGCAGCGCUUCGUGUUUGCAUCGAGUCCAGCGUGACUGAAAUCCUUCGUGAGGGAGGACCUGACGGCGUCCAUAUCAACGAUAUUGCCGCAAAGAAUGGUCAAGACCCUCAAAAACUUGGGCGUUUCCUCCGCAUACUUGCCAGUCACCACGUCUACCGAGAAGUCAAACCAAAUGUAUUCACCAACACCCGCAUCUCGAGCAUGCUCGACACCCUCAAGCCCAGCCAAGACAUUAUCGCGAACCCGGAAACUAAACACGAUGGUACCUUUGGCCUCGCUGCGUUGGCAUCCCAUCACCUCGACGAACCCUUCAAGGGGUCCGCCUACGCCUGGGAAACCCUUGCAGAUCCGGCCACCGUCAGGUCCGGAGAGCCCGAUGCGUCGCCAUUCGCACGCGCGAUGGGCAGAAAGGAGACCUUGUGGCAGUUCUACGAGCGCCCGGAGAACGCUUUCAAGCAGCGCCGAUUCAACAUCGGCAUGCAGGGUAUCCAGGCUCUUCAGCCGCCCGAUGCUAGUCUCGGUGCGUUUGACUGGAAGAGUCUUCCUAAAGGCGCUGUGGUUGUCGACGUCGGAGGAGGUGUCGGGACGUCGGCACUCCCCCUCGCCCGUGACUUCCCCGAUCUCCAAAUAGUCGUCCAGGACCUCCCUGCUGUCGUUGAUGACGCCCAAAAGCUGUGGGCGAAGGAGAUGCCCGACGCGGUCAAGUCCGGUCGGGUCAAACUUGAAGCCCAAGACUUCUUCGCGCCCCAACCCCACCAAGGCGUCGACGUCUUCUUUGUCAAGCAAAUCAUGCACGAUUGGUCGGACGAGUAUUGCUCCAAGAUCCUCAAGCAGCUCCGCGCCGCCGCCACGCCUAAAACCAAGCUGGUGAUGAUGGAGAGCGUGAUGCCGUUCGCGUGCCAUGACCCCAGCGCUGACGGUGGACGCGGGAUCCCUGGCUCGGUCCCACGGGAGGCGCCUGCUCCGCUCUUGGCCAACUAUGGCGCUGUUAAUGAGAUGGGGUAUAACGCGGAUAUCGAUAUGUUCCUCUUGUUUAACUCGCAAGAACGCACAAUCCUGCACUUCGACGACCUCCUUCGCUCCAAUGGAUGGCAGGUUACCCGCGUAAACCGUCGUGAGGGCGGUGAUAGUACCUUCUUGCAGUCCAUCGAGGCUAUUCCAAUCGAAAAGGCAUCAGGAUCUCCUCGCCUGUAG